AUGACUAACAAAAGGUUUGACGAGAAGACACUCAAUGAGAUUAUACCGCAUAUCUUUGAGCAGAGGCGGUCAGUGCUGGACACGGAGACAAUAACAUCGAAGCUGCAACAGUCGCGAACGCAGAUUUCGUCGCUAGCCCUGCAGUCCCUCAUGGAGGAGUCCACUGCGCUUGAUAAGAUUACAGAGACUAUUAAACAGCUGAACGACGUGGUGCAGAACUCAUCCAAGGGCAAUUUGUCCAAGCUGCAGGAAGUCUGCAAAUCGACCAAUUUCAUACUGGAUACGUGGAUCGACAUUCAAUCCGAGGCUGGUUACCUUCAGAAGCUAAUGAAUGAUCCACAGUACAUACUAUACUUACAGGGGAAGGAUGCUGGGAAGGACCUGUUGGAGGAAGAAAGAAGGGAAGUAUCCCAAUUGAAACAGAAGUUGGAAAGUGAGAAGCAGACGAGGAUCCUACAUAGAGACAUGAAGGGUCCCAGUACUAAACCUGUUGCCAAUUCGAGGACACGGGCAGUUCGCGGGAGAACGGGGCUACCGAAAGUGGCACAGAGGGGGGCGACGGGGAUUCCCAAGAUUGGCUCUAAAGUGGGCAAGCAACCGCACAAUACCCAGAGUAGGCAGCCUGUUAGAAAGUAG